AUGGAGCUAAUUGGGAAGAGGGACGCUGACGCAGAGGGGGACUCUGAAGCAGAGGAGAGGGGGACGACCGAAGUGGGGAGUAUACCACCUGAGCCACUUGUGUCACUGGGGGGGAUCGUGGGGAGAGUGUUACCUGAACUGGCUGCCCCUGAAGAAACUGCUGCCCCUGAGGAAGCUGGUGCUGCCGAAGAAGCUAGUGCUGCCGAUGAGCUAGCGGCAGCGCCGGACGAAGCAGCACCUGACGAAGCAGCGCCGGACGAAGCAGCGGCUGAUGAAGGAGCAGCAGAUGAAGGAGCAGCAGACGAAGCACCGGCUGAUGAAGGAGCGGCAGAUGAAGGAGCAGCAGAUGAAGCACCAGCAGAUGAAGCAGCAGCGGAGGAAGGAGCAGCGGAGGAAGGAGCCACGGAGGAACUGGCUGCCGCGGAGGAGCUGGCUGCGGCCGAAGAGCUGGCUGCGGCAGAGGAGCUGGCAGGCGCAGAAGAACUGGCAGGCGCAGAAGAGCUUGCUGCAGCAGAAGAGCUUGCUGCAGCAGAAGAGCUAGCGGCAGCAGAAGAACUGGGGGCAGCAGAAGAACUGGCGGGAGCAGAAGAACUGGCUGCAGCAGAAGAACUGGCAGGGGCAGAAGAACUGGCGGCAGCCGACGAGCUGGCAGAGGCGGAAGAGCUGGCCGCGGCCGAUGAGCUCGCUGUAAAGUAG